CUUGUCCAUGUUAGCCGGCGGUGGCAGUGGCAGUGGCAGUGGCGGCAGCAAUGUCGGUGUUGGCGGCGUCGGCGUCGGCGUCAAUGCAGGGGCCAGCGUCAGUGGGUGCUACUUUAAUAAUGGCGUAAGCGGCGGCGUCGGUGUCGGUGUCGGCAGUGGUGCAAGUCCAGGAGGUGUUGGUGCUGGCGUUGGCGGUUUAGGCGUGGACGGCGGCUGUAAAAGCUACCAAAGAAAAUACUAUGACAUAAAUUGACUGAAUGGUGGUGGUGGUGGUG